AUGGUUUUGGAGUUGAACGCGUCUGAUGACAGAGGUAUCGAUGUGGUGAGAAACCAAAUCAAAGACUUUGCCAGUACGCAGCAAAUUUUCAGUCGAGGCUUCAAGUUAAUUAUCCUAGAUGAAGCUGACGCUAUGACAGCCGUGGCCCAAAACUCCCUUCGUAGAAUUAUCGAGAGGUACACCAAGAACACACGUUUCUGUAUCCUAGCCAACUAUUCGCAUAAACUCAACCCAGCGUUGCUUUCAAGAUGUACGCGUUUCAGAUUCCAGCCAAUUGCACAGGAGGCAAUCCGGGAAAGAGUGAACAACGUGAUCAAGAAGGAGAACUUAAGCUUGGCUCCAGAUGCCGAGAACGCACUUCUUUCGCUCUGUAACGGUGACAUGAGAAGGGCUCUUAAUGUUUUACAAGCAUGCAAAGCCGCCCUAGACAACGAGGACGACGUUAUAGAUACAGACAUGAUCUAUGAGUGUAUAGGAGCACCCCAUCCACAAGACAUCGAGGCAGUUUUAGAUCUGAUUCUUAAAGACGACUGGACAACAUGCUUUUUAACGUUCAACAGGUAUAAGACUACGAAGGGUUUGGCUUUGGUGGACUUGAUUCUGGGCUUUGUGGAUAUUUUAGCCAAGUACGAUUUGAAACCUCAAACAAGGAUCGCUAUUUUGAAAGGACUUGCUGACAUAGAAUACGGUAUUUCCAAAGGUGGAAACGAAAAGAUUCAAACCAGCGCUGCCAUUGGUACAAUCAAGGAGGCAAUGGAGGGCCAGGCAUAG